ACACUUUCUUCGCUACAGUACAAUCUCUGCCACUCCUCCCCACCUGUCACCCUCUGGACCUCCCUGAAAUAGAACACAAGAGAACAAAUAUGACACCACAACAACGGAAGGCAAAUGAAAAGUUCGCGAAGAGCGAGGCUGCAAAGCGUGGCAAAGGAAAGUCUGCAACAAAACAAAAACAGAACUCGAAGUCUCCGGUGUCUGCCGGGUGGGUUGUUGUUCUCGCCUUUGCGGUCUGUGGUGGCCUUGCAUUCGAGGCUCUGAGGAUUAUUCCGGAGUUAUGGUCGGCUGCUGUUGCGAUGUUCAAUCGCAAGUUGGUAUAAUCCUAGGCUAGGUAAAUGAGUUCACUGUACGUGAUUUGUAUCUUGCAUCGGACAAACCGUGUGAUUCUCGGAAUUUAGUAGCGACAACCACUUGCAAGGUGAGGCCACUGCU